AUGGUGGGCAAACCUAACCAAACUCCUCCGGUUGCACCCCUCCACCCUAUUCCUGCUGUGAAUCCUCCUUUCACCAGGGUCCGGUUUGACAUGGUGGGGCCCCUUCCUACUACCAAGGCUGGUCAUAAGUACCUGUUAACCAUUAUGGAUGUAACUACCCGGUACCCAGAAGCUAUACCGGUGAGGAGCACCCACGCACGAGUUGUGCUUAAGGCCCUCCUCAACUUUUUUACCCAUUUUGGUUUGCCUCCCGAGAUUCAGUCCGAUCGGGGGACCAACUUCACCUCGAAGUUGUUUAACAAGACUAUGACCGAGUGGGGGAUUAAGCACUUCUUAUCUAGUGCUUAUCAUCCCCAGUCACAGGGAGCAUUAGAGCGGCACCAUCAGACGCUCAAGACUAUGCUCCGGGCGUUCUGCUUGGAGCGAGAAAAGGACUGGGACGAGGCGGUGCCCUAUGUUUUGUUUGCGGUGAGGGAAGCUCCUACUGAGUCCCUGGGGUUUUCCCCAAAUCAGCUGGUGUUUGGGCACCGGGUGCGCGGUCCGUUGGAUUUAGUACGGGAAGCCUGGUGUGCUCCCCACUCGGACCGCCCCGAGUCGCUCUUGAAGAGCGUGUUAAGGACUCGGGAGAGACUGGUGAAAGCGUUGGAGGUGGCUCAGCAACAUCUUGGAGCUGCGCCAAAGAAGAAGAGGAGAUACUAUGACCCGAAGGUCAAGUAUUAUGACUUUGCACCAGGGGAGGAGACCACCGAGGUUUCUGGCUCGGAACUGGUGGUUCCCGCAGAACACUGGGGGCAGUGCGGCGUGCUGCUUAGGGAGAGGCUGCAGUACCUGGAAGGAGUGCAGAAGAAGAAGUUUCACUGUCAAAGUGAAGGGGUUAUCACUGGGGUGAAGCCCAGGGAUAAGCGUGAAAGCUCUGUUUAUUCCGUCUGGAGCUCUAACCGCGACCAGAUUGAGGAACCGCUGAACGUCCCCCCUACGAAACACUUUGACACUUCUGCCGAAAUACCAGAGCAGGCUCCCGAGGCAGGUGUGAACGCUGCUGAAGCAGAA